UUGUGGAGAGCGGGAGAGAGAGAGAAGUAGAGAAAAGAUUAAAAUCCUUAAAACACUGUGAUCUUGAUUCGUCCAAAACCCAAUAUCCUAUCCAUGGCUGCAGAGACCUCUAACUCAGACUCUUCAUCAAAUCUCAGAAUUAUUGUCCAGCAUAACCCUUCAGACUCUCAACUCUCUCAACUUGGUAUCAAGUCUUGGCCCAAAUGGGGUUGUUCUCCUGGGAAGUACCACCUGAAAUUCGAUGCAGAGAUGACGUGCUAUCUCUUAAGUGGAAAAGUGAAAGUUUACCCAAAAGGGUCUUUGUUGGCGGAGUUGGGCGCCGGCGAUCUAGUGGUAAUACCAAAGGGACUGAGUUGCACUUGGGACGUGUCCGUCACCGUUGACAAACACUACAAAUUCGACUCCUCUUCGCCUCCUCCUUCAUGCUCCUCCUAAUAAAUCCUCCUUUUUUUUUUGGUUGAACAUCUCCUAAUUAAUCUUGUUGGUAUAUUUAGUCAGAGAUCACUAUACGUUUGGAUUAGAAAUCCAUGUUGUUGUUUUUUUUAUUUAAGUUGAUGUUUAUAAACAUGUUUGGGUUGUUUAGACCAUUA